GCGAGUCUCUCUGUCUGUCCCGCAAUGUCGCAACUGCAUCUGCAAUAGGUAUUUUCUGUUUUCCAUGUUGUGUCUCGCAUAGCUCUGUAUUACUUGGACAUUGUUUGCUUCCUUGCUUGCUUUAUCUAUCUUUCCUGGACAAUUCGACCUAGCAAAACUUGACCAUGUCGGGACCCCCUUCUCCGAGCUCAUCUACCUCUUCGCUCUCUGACAACACCAUGCCCGGGACGCCACCGAAUCUGCACCAGAAUAGCAUCGAUCCCGAUGCGAAGUGGCUGGUGCAGAAGUACGGUGGCACGAGCGUCGGAAAGUUCGCGACCAAGAUCGCGCAGGACAUAGUCUCUGGCUACCUGGAUCAGAACAAGGUAGUCAUUGUAUGUUCAGCGCGGUCGGGCAAGACAAAAGCACUCGGGACCACCAAUCUGCUGCUCCGAGCCGCAUCCGAAGCCUUGCAGCGCAAUCCUGCGCCUUCGAUACCUAGCACGCCGGGCACGGUCACUCCAGCAUGGAUGAACGGCUUUACGCGACAGUCCAGUCCCUCGUCCCCCGUGUCUGGCUCGCCGUCCCCGUUCUCAUCCUUCAACCUGGGAUCGGCCAGCGCAAGACAUCAGCCGUUGUUCAGUGCGACUGUUGAUACUAUUCGUGCUGACCAUCUGAGCGCCGCGAGGACGUCCAUCAAGAAUGCUGCUGUUUUACGCGACAUCGAGACGGAAAUUGAAGCUGAUUGCGAGGCCCUGCGGGCCUUCCUAUUCGCGGCUCAAGUCAUAGACGAAAUCUCACCUCGCUCGAAGGACAGCAUCGUCGGAUUUGGCGAGCGCCUCGCAUGCAAGCUCAUGACCGCCGUCCUGAGGGACAACGGCGUCGACGCAGAAUUCGUCUCGCUGGAGAACGUCGUGCCCCCGAUGGAAGAACGGGACUCCUCGCAGACCGAAGCGCUGGACCAGUCCUUCUACGACCGAGUAGCCCAAGCCGUCGGCGAGCGCAUCAAGCUGUGCAGCCCGCGGGUGCCUGUCGUGACAGGUUUCUUCGGCCCUGUACCUGGCUCGCUACUCCGCCAAGUUGGCCGCGGGUACACGGACCUGCUAGCGGCCCUGGCUGCGGUGGGCCUGGAGGCGUCGGAGCUGCAGAUAUGGAAAGAGGUCGACGGGAUCUUUACCGCCGACCCGCGCAAGGUGCCCACCGCGCGGCUCAUACCGAUCAUCUCGCCGGACGAGGCGGCGGAGCUGACGUACUACGGGAGCGAGGUCGUGCACCCGUUCACGAUGGAGCAGGUUAUCCGUCGGAAGAUUCCUAUACGGAUCAAGAACGUCGAGAAUCCGAAAGGGGGAGGGACGGUCAUUUAUCCCGACUCCGACGUAGAUGCGCCGCAACUCCAGCAGGAGCUCGAAGCGGAUCCGUUCCGCGGGGCGAUCCUGGAGGAGCCUGUCUCAUUAGAAGCCCUGCAGGACUUGUCCGUCGCUGCAGAGGAACACCCGCACAAGCGACUGCCCACUGCUGUGACGAUCAAGGAGAACAUAGUAGUCCUGAACGUGAACUCGAAUAGGAAGAGCGUCUCGCAUGGCUUCCUGGCGGGCAUCUUCGGGACGCUUGAUAGGUUCGGAGUCGUGGUCGAUUUGAUCAGCACCAGCGAGGUGCACGUCAGUAUGGCCAUCGAGGACCAGGGGUUGGAUAAAAAGCUGCUAGACAGGCUCAUAAAGGAGCUGCGCAAGAGCGGCUCAGUUUCGGCCCACCGCGACAUGGCUAUCCUGUCGCUCGUCGGGAAACAAAUGCGCAAUAUGGUCGGCAUUGCUGGCAGGAUGUUCACAACGCUUGCCCAGGGAAAUGUGAAUAUCGAGAUGAUCAGCCAGGGGGCCAGCGAGAUCAACAUUUCUUGUGUGAUUGACGGCAGGGACGCUGUCAAGGCGUUGAACUUGAUACACCAGAGCUGUUUACAGAUCAGGUCUGACGGGGGACGAGCAAAAGGGCCAUAUCUGUUUUAGAUCUGCAUUGGGGUAUAGAGUAGGGCUGUCGGUGCUGUCUGCCAUCCAACUGGCAGGCAGCGGGUAGAAGUCAAAAUACUUGUAGAAUAGUAGUCAGGACCGGUGUGGUCUAAUGCUGCCAUCCAACUGGCAAGGGCGCCGCCAUUCGCGACACUUUUCUGUAUUUUUGAGAUCGUAUAUGGUGCUUGCGGAACGCGGGGCACCAGAUUGCUGCCCGGAC